AUGCAUCGUGACUCUUGUCCGCUGGACUGCAAGGUUUAUGUGGGUAACCUUGGGAACAAUGGCAACAAAACUGAAUUAGAGCGAGCUUUUGGCUACUAUGGACCACUGCGCAGUGUAUGGGUGGCAAGAAAUCCUCCUGGUUUUGCCUUUGUGGAAUUUGAAGAUCCACGAGAUGCAGCUGAUGCAGUAAGAGAACUAGAUGGAAGAACCCUCUGUGGGUGCCGUGUCAGAGUGGAGCUCUCCAACGGGGAGAAGCGGAGUCGGAACCGGGGCCCCCCUCCCUCCUGGGGCCGGCGCCCUCGAGACGACUAUCGGCGGAGAAGUCCUCCUCCUCGCCGCAGAUCACCACGAAGGAGAAGCUUCUCCCGCAGCCGCAGCAGGUCCCUCUCCAGAGACAGAAGAAGAGAGAGGUCACUCUCACGGGAGAGGAACCACAAGCCCUCGCGCUCCUUCUCCAGGUCCCGCAGUCGCUCCAGGUCAAAUGAGAGGAAAUAGGACUCUGGGAAGGAGCUGUGUACAGGAAGUCCUGAGCUCCAAGGACAGGAGGAGUAUGUACAGAACAUUGUUUUGUUUUGAAACUUCAUAAAGCUUGGUGCAUUUUUAAAAUGUUUUAGCUGUUGAACUUGCUUUGUUCCUUGUAUCUUGUAACAGGUGGCAGAUGUAAAGAUGUGAAUCUGUAUAUGGUUCUGAGCAGAUCUAUGAUUUGUAAUAUUAAUCCUUUUGCAACGUAGCGUCCCA